AUGCGCGCGAGCGCGGCGGAGGCGGAGCUUCGACGAAAGUAUGAAUUGCUCAGGAAGAAACGCGAGGCCAAGGCGGCGCGCGAGCUCGAGCGCGCGAGCGGAGAUGGGGGGAGUAAGGGCGGUGGUGGGGACGGAGGGAAACUUCGGGGGGGGGAGGCGAGCGCGCGAGGGGUCGGGAGUGGGUUCGGGGGGGCGAGGGGCGGGAUCGGCGCGCGCGUCGGCGCGGCGGAGACGAAGAGCGAACCGGUGGAUCCCGCGAUCGAGCGCGCGAAGGCGAUCCUGGCGGGAUUGCACAAAAAGAAACAACCAGGGGUGGCGGCGCUGAACGCGAAGGAGAAGGCGGAGAAGGAUGAGAAUGAGACGAUUGGUUCGAACGCGGAGACGAAAAAGCCAAAGCUGGUCUUCACGAUGUCCAAGCGCGAGAUGAAGGCGACGCCGGUGAUGGUGGACGACGACGGCCCGAUCGGGUACGCGUCAACGGUGGUGCAGCCGGUGAAGGCGCCGGAGCCGGUGGUCGAAGCGCCGGCGAUGGUCGAAGCGCCCGCGGUGGUGGCGCCUGAGCCCGCGCCGGUGGUCGCUCCCAUAGUUGUGCCGGCUCCAGUACCUGUGAAGAAGGAGAUCAAGCGACCGGGUUUACUGAAACGAUCUGGAUUACUCUCGCCUGAGCCGGCGAAGCGGGCGAAGUUGAGCGCGCCGACGCCGUUUCCCGACGUGACGGAUGGCGUCGGCGAGCGCGUGGACAAGAAGGCGCGAGAGGUCUGGAUCGGAGACUUACCGGAAGGGUGCACGGUCGAGAUGUUAUCCCUGGCGGCAUAUCGGUACGGACGCGUCAAUAGCUGUCGCGUGAUCGAGCGUAAAGGCUUUGGUUUCGUCACCUUUGCGGAUGGGACGUCGGCGGAAAAAAUCGUCAACGCGAGCGUCGCGCACUUCAACGAUCCCGAGAAGGAGCCCGUCAUCGUGGACGGUCGAAUCGUUCGAGUAGAUUUCAGCGACGAACGCGGUUCAGGCGGGGACAAGGGUGCGAUAGACCUGAUUCGUCAGCGUGCCGCCGAAGAGCUCGAACGCAUAAGAGAUGGAGAAAUCGUCGACGAAGCCGUCGAGUACGUGAAGCGAGACGUCGUCGUUUACGACGACAUAUAA